AUGCUGUACGAGAGCAUGACUGAGCGACAGCGCGAGCUGUCUGACAAAGCCAUGGAUGCCGAAGGACUGUUGUACGGAAACGCCGAGUUUAAUAUUGCAAAGUACAUGUAUGCCAGUAUUUUGGGUGAUCGGCAGAUUGGCGACGAUGGAGCCGAAGCGAUUGCAGAGGCACUCAAAGUGAACACGACGAUGAGUGAGCUCGACUUGGGCAAGAACCAGAUUGGCGUCGCUGGAGCGCAGUCGAUUGCUGAAGCACUCAAAGUGAACACGACGCUGACGACGCUAUAUUUGGAUAGAAAUCAGAUUGGCGAUGCCGGAGCAGAAGCCAUUGCUGAGGCACUCAAAGUGAACACGACGGUGAAUGUGCUCGACUUACGGUUGUGUCAUAUUGGCUAUGCGGGAGUGCUGGCGCUUGCCGAGGCCCUCAAAGUGAACACGACAGUGACGAUGCUCUAUUUGGGCAAGAAUGCCAUUGGCGAUGCUGGAGCACAGGCGAUUGCUGAAACACUCAAAGUCAACACGACGCUGACUUGGCUCAACCUACCACAAAACUGCAUUGGAAAUAGUGGCACCCGAGCGAUUGUUGAGGCACUCAAAGACAGCUGCCGUCGUGAGGUUUAG